GUCUGUUUAUGCUACUCGAUGGAGCUCUGGGCAAGUGUUCAUACCCGGGGCAUUGUUGCUCUUUUGAUUUGCAUUAGUUCGAAAUUCGAAACAGGCGCCUCGGGUCCGGGUUAAUGGAGGGCGGGAAUUGAAAGAUUUCGUAAGCCAUGCCAGGUCAGCUCGGUGCCUUUUGUGAAGAUGGGCCGGAAGCCCAACUCCAAAGUCUCAAGGCGCAGCCCUUCCAUUCCAUUCCAUUCCAGUGUCCCCUCCGUUGGCGGCGACGGCCGCAUUCACGAGGAGUGUGUGGUGUCCCGGCGAUCACAGCUGCCUCCCCGCGGACUUGGAAUUCCUCGGAAUAUCUGAGGCGCGUCGGCGGAGGGGCGCGGGCGGUCUUCUUCCUGCCAAUGGGGGAUUGGCGGUUGGCGCCGAACCGCAUCGCAUUGGCUUCCUCUCCGCAGCGCCAUUCCACGCGAAUUGUUCGAUCCGCUUGCUUCACGUUGCGCCCGCUUCUUCAGACCACCUGGCGCGUAGCCUCCGAGAGCAACCCCACUUCAUCCCGCUGCGGAACCGAGGACCUCGGUUCCAGCAUCCAGUACGUGCACCAAAAUCACCAGUUCUGCAGCCACGGGACGCCGCCGGCUGCCCUAUGCUUCGUUUUGGGUUAGAUUAUUGUGGAACAAUACGUUCAACGCGAACGUACUAAAGCAGCCCACUAUUAUUGCUGAUCAGACCGUUUGAUGGUUCGCAUACGCACAGUAUAAGAAUUUUAGCAGAAUAUACUUGGGACAGUUAAAGCAAUGUUCUUUGGUUGAACUUUUUCUGCUGCUAGGACAAGGAACUCUUGACCAAUAUAUGUAAAAAUAUCUGCUGCAGCUCUGCAGGCAUGCGUCUUCCAAGAAGUUAUUUGCUCGCUCAAGUAAUUCUUUUUCUUUAACGAGGAUAUGCUAUGAGAAUAUUGACGGAGCAAGUUUGUCUUUCCCCUCCUAUUUGUUCUACCUUCUAACCGUUGCAGUGGCUAGCUUGCUCAGCUGAAGAUGAAGUGUACGUACUUAGCAGCUGGUGGUUGUAACAUAAUAAGGCAAACAUAAUCAUAAUGACUUGUGACUAUAAGACGUAUGCUUACUGGGCACAUCUUGUCCUGCAGUUGUUAAUCUUCAUAGUCAAGAAAAAUGGUACUGGUGGGAACCGGAUUUGCAGUUUGGGACUGCUACAGGAUAAAUUGGAACUUUAUGCAUUCCCAGUAGAACACCAUGAACUAUCUACAUGGGAAGCUGAUUCCUGUGGAAGCCAAGAUACUUGAACAAUGGCCUACUUUUGGGCUUUCAAAAGUGGUAGGCUAGGGGUGGCCUAUCCUUUCGGCUACACACUGUUGCUGUUUCUUUUCUUUUGAUUCCUCUUCUCUGAUAAUCAGAACCGACACUGCAUUCAGCUCUGCAACCUUUGUGAUUAAAUAACUUUCCUGAAAUGCUUUUGAGUGGAAUAUAUCUCAGCAUAUCUUGAUUGUAAUUAUUUUUGUAUCCAGGUUGAAGUACUUUGCUUGCCGGUUGCUGAGGCCACCCAUCUCUUGAUGGAUGACAAUGUGGGCACUCAAGGUGAAAUCUCAGCAUGGUGAGCAACAUCCUUGAACUAGCUACUUCUCUGGAAAGUAGAUUUAUUUCACGGGUGGACUACCUAUUUCUACUCAUCAGGAGUGGUUUUCUGAAAGGUAGAUUUCAGUACUGGUGAACCAGCUAAUCCAGUCAGUGCCUUUUAUGAACGAUUCAGCUGUCGUAGCUAGCUUGACUUGCAAGUAUCAUGAUGUAAACAUCAUGCAGUAGACAUAUUCACUCUGGAUUUCUGGAACGCCGAGAGAGGCGAGAGCAGAAGCAGAACAGGCACAGGCAUCGAGGCAGGCAGGGUCCCCGGCAAAUCUUCAUGGGGCCGCGUGUGUGAACGUGACUGACGUAAACCGUCAAAGGGAAGUCGCGGGAAAAAAAGUGUGGGAAUCGAGUACCAACCUUGGGCCCCUCACCCUUUCCAACGGGAGCUGACUAGGCAUCGCUCUGGUGGCCCACAAAGCAGCCAAUAGCAACCCUACACAAUCCUGCAGCUACAACAGCUCGCUUUGGCUGCCAAAGACAAGAAGAGAAGAUUGGGAUAGAUAUUUCUAUUCACCGAUAUAAAGCCAACUGACACAGGACACAACAGAAAAGCAAAAGCCAAAGUUUAAGAGAGAGAGAGAGAGAGAGAGAGAGAGAGAGAGAGAGGUACGUAUAUAGCUUCAUGUGAAAGAUGACAAGAAUCCCAGCAUAAAAUAAUCUCUCAACUUUGCUAUAAAGCCACAGUCCCUCCUCUCCCCGUUUCCCUCCCUCCUUCCUGCUCAUGCAUUUGCCAUUAGCCAAGGUUUUGUACAUUAAUGGUAGCUGAUCAUUCAUUCAUAUAGAGCUCGUUGUGCAGGCUUGGUGUGGCUGUCCACAUUUUUUGCUUCGGAUAGCCUUGCUGCCAGCCGCCUGCCAAGCUCUAAUAAGCACACUUUUGCUGUGAGAGUUUUGAGAGGAAGAGCAGAGGGAGCAAUGGCGCCCGUCAGUUUGCCUCCAGGUUUCAGGUUCCACCCCACUGAUGAGGAACUCAUCAUCUACUACCUUAAGAGGAAGAUCAACGGGAAACAGAUAGAGCUUGAAAUCAUUCCGGAGGUUGAUCUUUACAAGUGCGAGCCCUGGGAUUUGCCAGAAAAAUCCUUCCUUCCAAGCAAAGACCUUGAAUGGUACUUCUUCAGCCCCCGAGACCGCAAGUACCCAAACGGGUCAAGGACAAACCGUGCAACAAAAUCUGGAUACUGGAAGGCAACUGGGAAGGACAGAAAAGUGAACUCGCAUAGGCGUCCAGUUGGAAUGAAGAAGACCUUGGUGUACUAUCGUGGCCGAGCUCCACAUGGUUCUCGCACUGACUGGGUCAUGCACGAGUACCGCCUCGACGAGAGGGAAUGCGAGACUGAUACUGGCUUACAGGAUGCGUACGCAUUAUGCCGAGUGUUCAAGAAGACAGCACCUGGGCCAAAGAUCAUAGAGCAUUAUGGCGCCGUGCACCACCCCAUUGAGCAACCUCAGUGGAUGGCAAGCAGUGUCGACCGCUCCCCGACUCUGGACUUGUCCAGUGAUGUUAGAGGUGACGACUUGGAGAGCAGCAGCUUCUCAUUUCCGACAGAGGCGCCAAUGGACUCGAUGCAUGGUGGGUUCGGGAUGCAGAUGAGCGCUGGUCACGAGGAUGGCAAAUGGAUGCAGUUCCUGAGUGAAGACGCCUUUAACGCCACCAAUCCUUUCUUCAUGAAUCCAGCUUCUUCCAGCUUCUCAUGCCUCCCAUCCAAGGUCGAUGUCGCGCUGGAGUGUGCAAGGCUGCAGCACAGACUCUCCUUGCCUCCCCUGGAGGUGGAGGACUUUCCACAUGACGUCAGCCUCGACACAAAGACAAGCAUACUCCGCAGCAACCCCAACGAGGUUGACAUCCUUCAGGAGUUCCUCUCCGUCGCGUCGGCCUCGCAGGAGCUAAUCAACGGCAGCAGCAGCAGCAGCUACCCUGCAGAAAUGUGGCCAGGUGCCGGCACAAGCAGCACCCACUACAUCAACGAGCUAUCCUCCCUCGUUGAGCUCGGGGUGACGAAGGCCAAAGAAGAGGUGGACAAUUUCUACCAUAUGGGCUGCAUCGGUACGUCUGCAGGAUUCGCCUCGAAGUCGGUCCAUGUCGAUGAACCGGUUCGGUUGGUUGAGAUUGCUGACAUGGAGGAGGAGCUCAUGGAAGACAAGAAGCAAGCAGUGGAGAACCUUAGAGGAGUGAGGCUGCACAACAAUGACCUAGGAGAGAUUGUUGUAGAAGGAGAUGAAAACAAUCCAACAGAGUGCAUCACACAAUACCCUAUAUCAGUCACUGCUGACAAUUCAGAUUGCAGGAGAAGCCGGUCACCUGACCGAUCCCACUGACGCAAGAGGCCUAGACACUGCCCCCAUCUUCUCGCAAUCUCAACCUGACGACUUUGCUAUUGGCUUCGAUGACGUCAACCCUAACACAUCCUUCGACCUACUAUACGACGAGAAGGUUGACGUCAAGCAUGGGCUCUUCAUCUCGAGGGUCGGCGCGGCCAAGACAUUCUUCCACCGCGUUGAGCCGUCGACGAAGGUCAGCUUGCACUUGAAUCCCCUAGCAAGCGACGUCAGCAAGGCGAUCGAGAAGUUCCAUUUCCCCAUUAGUGUUACGACCAAAGUUAGUGGCAGGGUUUCCAUUUUUAGCAAGUUCAAGGCGCUCAUCAGGGACAAGUUCCUGGUGACGAAGUCGUCAUCUUACCAAAGGUCCUUAGGCAACAAAGAAACAGCAACAGUGAGUGAGCUGCUGCAGAUUGUGUCGCUCCUCUUAACACCAAAGGAAGUAACAGGCCCUACGACUACUGAGCAAGAGUUGGUCAAGAAGAAGGCAGAGAAGGUGAUGAAGCCGGAAUUCGGAUGCGAGGGAAGUGAUGCGUGGCUUGUUCCACUCUCCAAGAGGAGCAAAGGCAUUUCCAGCAUGUUUUUUAGUGGGAAAUGGGCAUUUCUGACAUCUGCAUUGGCCAUCCGGACUCCAGGGUGCAACCACUGAAUAGUCUUUAUUUCUGAUCAUAAUAACUCUAAUGUAAAAAGAUAUACGGCUCUUAUUAUGCUAGAGACGACUCCGUGUCAGGUGCCUGGUGCAUGGAGGUUCAUAAUCUUCGUGCGUUCAUUAAUUAAUUAACUGGUGUAUUACUGGAGAAUGUAACCAUUAUUUGUUCGUCCUUACGUGUAUUGACAUGUUGUAAUCAAAACAUUCGUUUAUCAAUUGUAAAAGUGCACAUACACACACAUA